GGAAUUGGAGGGACAUUGGAGCCGGGGAGAAAGCGAUGCUGUCACAACCAACUCAGAAGGCCACCUCUCAGCGCACCACAUGCCACCCCCUGGAGUGCACACAUGUGUGAACACACACAGGCUUGCACGUGUAUGUGUGUGUCUGCUUUCCCCAGGGGCCCAGGCCGAGACGGGCAUCCCACAUCAGAUGGAUGAAUAGCAGGUCUGUCCUGCCAGCUGUGUGCUCUCUCCCACCCAAAGAAAACGCAAAGACUCAGACAGCCCACACAGUCUGCGACCAGCACCCGGGGCGUGUGGAGGGACUCGAGGGCAGCAGGAUGGAAUCAGAGAGAGAAAUCGUCGACCUCCAACCUGGGAUCCCCAGCCCCAGGAGGAACCAGCCCAUCAACCUGAACCAUUAUGCCACCAAGAAGAGCGUGGCAGAGAGCAUGCUGGACGUGGCACUAUUCAUGUCCAACGCCACGCGGCUGAAAGCAGUGCUGGAGCAGGGGCCGUCCUCUCAUUACUAUACCACCCUCCUCUCCCUCAUCAGCGUCUCCCUGCUCCUGCAGGUGGUCAUCGGAAUCCUCCUGGUGGUCAUUGCACGGCUGAACCUGAAUGAGGUAGAAAAGCAGUGGCGGCUGAAUCAGCUCAAUAACGCCGCCACCACCUUGGUCUUCAUCACUGUGGUCAUCAAUGUCUUCAUUACAGCCUUUGGGGCACAUAAGACGGGGUUCCUCACAGCCAGGACUUCAAGGAGUCUUCUCUGAACAUAGAGUGGGGCCCAGGUACUGGGCAUGACUGCUUCUGCCCCCCUGAUCUGCCAGGCUGAUGGGCACUUUCCACAGCUCUCGGGAAAGUUCCUGUAAGGGUGAUGCAGAUACCCUCACUCCCUUCCCACGAGCACCUGAAUUAAGAUGCGCUAUUUUACUAGUCUAAGUGAAUUCCAUCUUGGUCUGGAGUCCUGGGCUCACCCUGGGGUACCCCCAGCCUUUCCUCCUGGCAUCAUCUCCUGAACCUAAAGCAUAUGAGAAAGGGUGAGUCUGCCCACUUAAGAACUCUGGUUCUGACCCAAUGCCAUACCUUUUCUCUACUCCGGGCUUCAAUUUUCCUUUCUGUAAAGUGGAAGGACUUGUAUCUAUAAAAGUUUCUGCAAAUCUA